CCCUGAAACAAACUUUUGCCGGUGUCCCUUCUGCGCCAACAUUCCAUCUACAUCUUCUGCCCAGUGUCGGCCUCUCUCACCCCACUUAGUCAUCUACAUAUCUACCUAGUUAUAAUAAAUCUCCCAACCCACACACAUUCUCCCUCCCACAAUCACCUACCCGCUCGCCCACACAGCAAAAAUGGCUUCCCAAGGCGCAGUGCAGUCUACCCACCCCUUCACAUGCAACACCUGCCAGGUCGCUUUCCGCUCGGGCGAACUGCAGCGUGCCCACAUGCAAACCGACUGGCAUCGCUACAAUCUCAAACGCCGUGUCGCCUCAUUGCCACCGCUGUCUUCCGAAGUCUUCACCGAGAAGGUGCUCGCUAACAAGGCCACUGCCGCCGCCACCGCCGCCAAAGCAUCAUUUGAGAAGUCUUGCCCGGCAUGCUCAAAAACCUACUACAGCGAGAAUGCCUACAACAACCAUCUGAACAGUCAAAAACACAAAAUCAACAUGGCCAAGUCUGGUAGGAGCCAUGGCGACGAUGCUGCAUCUGUGUCCGGCUCAGUCAUGAGUUCGGCGUUUUCCCUGGGCGAGUCCAUGGCCGAAUCGGAAGCCACGACCGAGAAGGACUUUUCUGAUGUCGUGGACGGCAUCAAAAAUACGAAACUGGACACCGAAGGUACCACUUCGCGCCGGCCCACACGGCCAAACAACUCUCAGUCCGAGAAAUCCGAAGACGACACCAGCUCGCAAGCAUCCACAAAACCUUCGACCGAUCCGCUUUUGGACUGCCUUUUCUGCAAUUACCGGUCGCCCAACUUCAACCUGAACAUCCACCACAUGACCCGCUUCCACGGCUUGUUCCUUCCCGAAAAGGACUUCCUUGUCGACUCUGAAGGCCUGUUCAAGUAUCUCCACAGCAAGGUCCACGAAGGUUUCCAGUGUCUGAAGUGUCAGAAGAUGCUGCACUCUGCCUCUGGCAUUCAAACCCAUAUGCGUGAUCUUGGCCACUGCACUAUCGCUUACGAAACGGAUGAGGAACUUGUCGAAAUUGGUGAUUUCUACGACUUCCGGAGUUCCUAUCCUGACGCUGCCGAAUUUGAUGCUAUGCAGGAAGAAGCAGAGAACUCGGAUGAGUCAACAUCGACUGCAGGUGGAGGCGUCAAGUUGGGGGCCGCUCGUAGAACAGUCACAACAACUGAGGAUGGUGGCGCAGAGGAGGACGAAGGCUGGGAAACAGACAGCACUGUCUCGAGCGUACCGACAGAUGAGAUCACUGCAAUCCCCAUCGAUCGCUCACACCGCCACAAGUCGCUGCACAAGUCUAGGCACCACGCUCACGGUGAUCCGCGCCCACACCGCAACGCAGACGGCUUCCACUCGCACGCGCACGCCACUCCUGUUGCAGUAUAUCACGACGAAUACGAGCUCCACCUACCUUCGGGACGAGUUGCAGGUCACCGCUCUUUACAGAAAUACUACCGCCAGAAUCUCCGCAACUACCCAGGUGUCGCCGAGCGUAUGGAAGCGCAAAACCGCCGUACCAUUACUGCCGGAUCGUCCGAUUCCGAUGCCGAUUCCGAGGACGAGGACGCCGAUCGCCCACACAACGACAAUGGUCGUGGUCGCCAACUGAUGACCCGAGCCAACGGUGGCAUGGGUAUGGUAGGCGUGAGCGACGCGAAGAAGGCCGAGAUCCGUGCCGUCGAAAAGCGCGAGCAGAAACGCGAGCAGCGUGCGAGGACCAAGUACCAAGCCGGCAACGAGAGACGUCACAACUUCCAGAAGCACUUCCGCGAUCCGUUGUUGCAGUGA